AUGGUCCAGGUAGUUUACGCUGAAUUCCUUCUUUCACUUACUGAGGUGCAAGAUAUUGGGCGAGGUAGGAACUACCAGCUGAGAUUAACGAAAAUAAAUCAGGUUCAUUCUUUUCAUAAAAAAACUACUCACAAGGUUGCUGAAAACUUUUGGACAGCCCAUGACCGGUUUUACCCUUCUUGGGGCUCAUCAACUGCAUCUCUCUUUUACGAUAGUCUACAACUGAAAGUGCUGCACACAGGCCGCCUCAUGAUUCAGUCGGCACGAUAUUCGAGAUAUCGCACAAAUUACUAUCCUCAACAGGAAAAGAAAUUCCGUCAGCCACCGGCCCACUUUCUAAAAAUGGGCAAAUUAUCUGGAAUUGAAGCAGCGGUGAAUCGCUGUAGAAGUUGA